AUGGACCCGUACAAGCUGCUAAACGUGGCUCGGAAUGCGACGCAAAAGGACAUUAGGAAAGCAUACCUGAAGCUCGCCAAGCAGCUCCAUCCGGACGUCACUGGAAAUGACCAGGAAAAAGCCGCGCUGUUUAAGCAAGUCAAUGAGGCGCACGCCCUGCUGUCUGACGCCGGCGCCCGAGCUGGAAAGUUCCAUCGCCAAAUUGCGGCGGCAAGAAUGUUGUGGCUCAACGAGACAGAGUACUCACCGCGCAGCCGCACUCGACAUGGCACCGCCCAAGAUGCAGACAACCCGAUGUACGGGAUCAAUCACGACGUGUGGUACGCGCACCACUACGGCAUCCACGCGCAACGAUCUGCGCGAUGGACGUCGAUGCGAAACCAAGGAUACGGCAUGCACGUUGCCCACGAAAUGUACGAGAACGAAAUGCAACGAAUCAAACGACAAGAAGAGACGCACAAGAUCAAGAACGGGUACUUCCUCCGCCAGGAAGCCAGGGAACGGAAGCGGGCGGCGGAGACCAAGCCACCGCCGCCUCCUAGCAAGGACGACGAGAGCUGCUGCAUUUCAUAG